AUGGCCGAGGUUCGGCAGAUGUGGUUCAUUGCCGUGGUCGUGAUCUGUUUGAACUACGCCGGCCUCCCGAACGUUCCGCUCAUGCGCCUGGCUUCCGGGGUCGCGCCGCCUGGUCGUGUGGGAGAGGCGCUGAGCUCCAUCGGCAUUGCAGCCCAGCUUGCCAGCCUCAUCGGCAAUAUUGCCGUGGCGGUUCUGAACCGAUGGCUCAUGAGCACGGAUCUUUACGAUCCCCUCUGGAUCUACUAUCCUGCAUGCGGCAUGCUCUCGCUGUGCGCGAUCAUCCCGCUGAUCGGGACUCCUGGUGGCGGUUGGGGUUCCGCAAGCGGUGACCUGCAGGAACAGUUCAUGGCUGUCGUUUAUGCGCACAAGGCGAUGCAGCGAUGGAAGAAGGAGGUGGCGCGUCGACGGGAACACGGCGAGUUGAAGCCAAGACCCUAA